AUGUCGGUUUAUGACCCACCAUCUCCGGAUCUAGGCUAUAGGGGAGAACCAGCGAUAUCAAUCUUCUCUGCUUCAUCGACCCUCAAUACACCUUCGAGCCCACCACCACCCGGUGAUGUAGCAGCUUAUUUAGCAGGCAUCACGGUGCAAUUGGAUCGUCAGGUCAAGGGUGCGGUCUACCUCAAAUUGCUGGUGAAAGGUCGCGAACACCUCAAGCUACCUUACAAAUAUGACUGCACACCGGAUACCCCAGUGCACUGGACGCUGGAACCCUAUUUCACUCUUCGGCAAGGUGCAGAACUUGUAGUGCAAGUUCGAAAGCGUCGACGUUGGCCAAAGAAUGCUUUACUUUCCGAAGCCUCGCUGUCUCACCUCGAACUCCAGAACUCUUUGCUGCUAGACGGAGAAAAACGACACCAUCCUAUGCGCCAAAAUCCCUCCAUAACUUUGGAACUAGUUUCAGACCCGACCCCAUUGCACACCAUGCUAGAGGUGGCAGCUGACAAGGCGAGCGAGAUUCGGAGUGUUUUGGAUCGUCUAGGGAAGUCAAGGAGAUUCUUAGACGAUUUGGUACGCUAUGGUAUUGCUGUCGGCGAGCUGGAUCCUGUAGCCAAGGCAGUAAUGGCGUGUGUCGGUGUCGUUUAUCAUAAACUUUUGGAGCAGGAUAAAUGCCAUAAAGUCAUUGUGAAUCUUGCAGAAUCCAUGGCUCGUACUUUAGGCUACAUAGAAGAUGUGGAACAAUUCGCAAGGAUCAGCCAAUUAAGAAAAUGCAUCGAGGAAGUCCGGCCGCUUAUGCAAGACACAACAGAUUUUAUUGUUGCAUUUAUAAACAAGAGCAAAAUGUCGCACCUUUUCAACUCCUCGGUCGAUCAUGAGAAAGUGAACGAUCUCAAGAAAAGGUUUGAGAUAUUCCAGCAGCAAUUCGAUCGAGGAGUAGCUGUCCAGUCAGGAGCGACUAUAGAAACCUUGCUUGAUGCUAUCAGUUCGAGGAAAGAUGACGACCUCCUCCAAGAGUUGAAACCGAGAGGCCGUGACAGUCGGUCUACAAUUCCAGAAUGCAUGCGCGGGACAAGAUUGGACGUCCUGUCUUCGAUUGACGAUUGGGUCGACGACUUCAAGGCGCUCAACAUUCUUUGGAUCCGUGGAUUUCCUGGGGUGGGCAAAUCUGCAAUUGCUGGGUCGCUCAUCCAGAAACUCCGUGCUAUGAACCGUCUGGGUUCCAACUUCAUUUUCGAACGGGCCAAAUCCACAACAUCGACGCCGAAUGCCCUUUGGCGUAGCGUGGCCUUUGAUAUGUCCCGUCUUUAUCCCACGGUGCGCAAGAUUGUCAUCGAACGAUUGGAAGACGAAGAAGUCGACGUUGAUUCUUCCAACGUCAAGACUAUUUUCCGAAACUUGAUCGAGGAGCCACUCCUCGCUUCUUAUGACAUUCCGAUUGGUCGUCUUCCGGUCAUUGUUAUCGAUGCACUCGACGAAUGCGGAGGAAACAGAGGCCAGCAAUCUACCGACAGAGAGGGACUACUAUCUACCCUCAAACGCUGGGCGCGUUUACCCAGCAAGUUCAAGCUUAUCGUCACUAGUCGCGGAGAAGACGACAUUGAAAGGAUCCUUUCGCCCAUCGCCGAAACUCUGGACCUAUCUUCCGGAACUCAAGUCAAAGCUCAAGCAUCAGAUGAUAUACGCCUAUUUCUAAAGACCCGUUUCGCGAAGAUCACCAAAGGCUAUCCCGAAUCGCUUGAACCAGAUUGGCCCGGUUCCGAAAUCAUCGACGAGCUGACCCACCGUGCGGCCGGAUUGUUCAUCUGGGCCAAGACACUCAUCGGUUUCGUUAAGGAGGGCGAGCCUAAAAGCCAACUAGACUUGAUCAUACACAAUGGCAUAGGUUUAGGCGACGUGGCCCUGCUCUAUUCACGUGUCCUCGACAAUUCUUUCCGACUUCCUAGUCCCUCAGUCCUCGAAUCUUUCCGUGCUAUAGCAGGUGCCAUGGUUUUUGCCAGGAGGCCUUUGACUCGGAGCGAAUGUAUAGAUCUAUUAUGUGUCGAGCCUUCCAUGUUGGACUUCAUUCGACGCGGGCUCCAGCCCGUCAUGAACAAGGAGGACGUCCUCCAGUUCAACCACCAGUCUUUUGUCGAAUUCCUCCUCGAUGCAGACAAAUGCCCGCCGCCGUUCCACCUCUUAGAAACCCCCCAACACCACAACUUGACAGUGAAGUGCCUGGAAAUUAUGAAGGAAAAACUUCAUUUCGAUAUGUGCCAGUUACCGACCUCUCACGUGCGGAAUCACCAAAUCAACGACCUUGAAUCUCGGAUCCAAGAAUACAUCACCACGGCCGUCACGUACGCGUGUCGAUUUUGGGUUGACCAUCUUCGUGCGGUUCCCUAUGAGCCUGGUAUAUUUGAGACUGUCAAAGAGCUCCUACACGAGAAACUUCUCUAUUGGUUUGAAGUUCUCAGUCUUAUCAACGAUAUGAAUUCCGCUGCUCCCCUCUUGACGUCCGUGUACGAGUGGUGUGAGCCUAGCCAAGAUGGCGAAUUCUUAUCGUAUUUAAAAGAUGCUUUAAAGUUUAUUGCUGCGUUUGGAGGAGUCAUGUCACAAAGCGCACCCCACAUCUAUCUUUCCGCUCUCCCAUUUGCACCUUCGAGGUCGAGGGUUGCCCAACGAUUCCUUCCGCAAUACCCAGGCACUUUGAGGCUGCAAACCGGCCAUCUGACGAACUGGCCUCGUAUUCUAUUUGUCAUCGAAGAACAUGAAAAGGCGGUCAAUUGUGUAGCAUAUUCACUUGAUGGAAAGCUCAUCGUCUCCGGUUCAGGGGAUAGAACGGUCUGUGUUUGGGACGCAGAAACAGGAGACCUGGUAUCCACGCCGCUGGCAGAAGGGCACGCCAGCUCCGUCAACUCCGUCGCAAUCUCUGCAGACAAUCGUUGUGUCGCCUCCGGCUCGGACGACUGGACUAUCCGACUAUGGGAUGCUGAAAGUGGAGACAUCCUCGCAGAGCCAUUAAAGGGCCACGAGAACGUCGUCGCAUCUGUAGCAUUCUCUCGGAGUGGACGAUAUGUUGUUUCCGGCUCCCAUGAUCGAACCAUUCGCCUGUGGGACUUGGAGGAAGAAGGCAACAUAAUUUCGAGAGUCUUCAAAGGGCACACAGCUGGAGUCACGGCGGUCGCAUUCUCUAGUGACGACAAGUACGUCACGUCCGGCUCUUUCGACCGAACAGUGUGCGUCUGGGAUGUUGAAACCGGGAAAAUCGCGAAGGGGCCGUUCGAAGGACAUACCAGCUGGGUAAACUGUGUCGCCUUCUCUCCAACUGACAAUAAUUUGGUCGUCUCUGCCUCUGAUGAUGAAACCAUCCAACUCUGGGAUCUAUCCGCCGAGGAGGCUAUUUGGGAUCCAUGGGAGGCCCACACCGAUAGUGUGACUUCUGUCGCAUUUUCUUCCGAUGGCAAACGAUUAGUUUCAGGUUCGCACGAUGAAACCCUGCGCAUCUGGGACGUAGCCAGCGGAGAAGUUAUCUGUGGGCCUUUUAAGGGUCAUACCAACGGUGUUACUUCGGUUUCCUUCUCCUUCGACGGUCGUCGAGUUAUGUCCGGCUCUCGUGACGAGACAAUCCGUGUUUGGGAUGCCGAGUCCAGAGAUGAGUCGGACGAGACCCUCUCUUUCACAGCCCACAGCGACGGCGUCACGUCCGUACGUUUUACUCCAGACGGAGGACACAUUAUAUCCGGUUCCGAUGACGAAACCAUUCGACAGUGGGAAGCAGAUAGUGGCAUUGAAACAAUGAAGAUGACCGGGCAUAGCAGUUGGAUCGACACAGUUGCCGUCUCGCCAGAUGGAAAGUAUGUUGCUUCCGCGUCCGACGAUCAAACUGUUUGCAUCUGGAGCCUUGAGACCGGAGAGUUGGCCCGUCCUCCACUCGAGGGACACAGACACGGUGUUACAUCCGUCUACUUCUUUCCAGACAGCCGUCGGGUUGUAUCCGGUUCCUAUGAUGAAACUAUCAGAAUCUGGGACAUUGAAACCGGUAAAACCAUCUUAGGUCCAAUUGAACCCCAUACCAGUUGGAUUACGACGGUUGCGGUUUCCUCGAAUGGCUUGCUCAUUGCUUCUGGUUCUUAUGACAAAUCCGUCAAAGUGAUGGAUGUAGAGACAGGAUUUACCAUUGUGGAGCUCAAAGGGCAUUCAGGACCCGUUAAUUGUAUCGCCUUCUCCCCAGAUUGCGCCUUCCUCGCUUCCGCGUCUGGUGAUAAAACUAUUCGUAUUUGGGACAUGCGGUCAGGAGAACUGGCGUAUAGGCCUCUUGAGGGCCACACCAAUUCUGUGCUCUGCCUCUCCUUCUCGCCAGAUAAUCAACUUCUCGCCACCGGCUCGGUUGACAAAACUAUCAGAAUUUGGGAUAUUCGAACGGGGGAAGUCAUUCUCGGUCCCUUGGAAGGGCAUACGGCAGGCAUUUUCUCGCUCUCCUUUUCCCCGGAUGGCACGCGAUUGGUGUCUGCCUCUGAGGAUGAGACCAUCCGCGUUUGGGAUGUGACAUCGGAAAGUGUGCUAUCCGAGUUGGCGAACGCAGGCCCAAUCGAGUUCACUGAUGAUUCUGGCUUACAAAGUGGCUGGAUAGCUGGACCAAAUUCAUCCUUGCUGUUCUGGGUUCCGCCGUGGAAUAGAAGUGGAUUAUGGUGGCCGAGGAAUACUGCAGUCAUUUGCAACCUCCCCACAAGGCUUGACUUGAGCUGUUUCGAAAAUGGACCAAGUUGGCGGAAUUGCCGCGACGAUUCAACUCGAUAG